GGGCCCAGCGACUCCUGGGCGACACCUUGCAUGGAGGGUGAAACGGCUGAGGCCCGGAGAGGGCAGGCGUGUCUGUGCCGGGAUCAGGACUCAGAUCCUGACGAGGCGGGAACGGGCCCUUCGUUCCCUCACCACAUAUGUGAGUAAAUACCAAAGCGGGCUGGAGACUCUGCCGGGCCAGGGUUCGGGUCCCGGCUCAGCCACACGCCCCCUCUGUGACCUUGGGCCAGUGAGUCACCUUUCUGUGCCCCAGCUGCCUCAUCUGGAAAAGACGGGGUGUGCGGAUUUAAGGAGCUCGUGAGGGAGCCGCUCAGCCAGUGUCUGACGCCCGUGGUCCCAGCAGUGGGAUCCCACUGGGGUUUGAGAAACCGACCCGCCAAGCACCUCGCGCCUCCCGUUUGCAGACAUUGUCACCUGACCCGGGUCUCCCUGUGAGUUAGCUGCCAUCCCAGUUUGCGGGACCUGGAGGCCUGGAGACGGAGCUCGCCCUCCAGGAAGGAGCACACACCUAACUAAGUGGGACCCCCUCCCGCCGCCGGCCGCCGGCCGCCGGGGAGUCGGCUUCUGGAAGGCCAGCUGCUCACAGCGCUGGCGGGGAGUGGGGACCAGGGCUCCGAACCGCUUAGGAGAAGCACACAGGCCCCAGAGAUAGCAACCCCUGCUGGCAACAUCCUUCAACAAAAACCCUCCCUUCCGCUGUGCGUGAAUAUUCCUCCCAGAUCUUUAACGUGAGAAAUUUUAAACCUACAGAAAAUACCCUCUUUCCCCUGAACCGUGUAGGAGUAAAUCAGGCUCAGACUUCCAGGGAGGGGCAUGGCCGGGUUUUCAGCGUCAGGAUGGAGCAUGUGAGACCCCUCCCCACAGCCGCGGCUCAGAAUCUACGGGAGCCAGAGUGACCCCGCCCCUCAGACGCACAGGGGCAUGGCCUUCUCACCCUAGGUUCAACGAAGGGCCGUGACAAACGGUGGCCCCAGGCUCCGACUCUGCCUGUGAAGUGUCGAUUCUCGGCCCUCACCUGGCACCCCCCCCCCCACCCCACCCCCACCCCCGGACCUGGGUCAUCCAAAGGUGACCUGCCCACACACACCUGGUAGCGCAGGGACUCUGCUCUGUUGUAGUUACACCGGCUGGCAGGCUCCUCCCCGCCCUCCUCGGGUCCCCCGGCGGCUGUCAGAGCCUCUCCCCCUUCACAAAGCUGCUGUUCUUGGAAGGAGCCAUUCGGAUCAUUUGGGAAGACGUCCCUGAGCAACUGAAAGGUGCAGAGCUACAUGGAACAUUACUGCAACAACUCCACAGACCGGCGCAUUCUGCUCAUGUUCCUGGACAUCUGCACAGAGCUAAACAGGCUGUGCCAGAACUUCGAGGCCCUGCACUCUGGCACCCCGGUCACCAACAACCUGCUCGAGAAGUGCAAAUCCCUGGUUAGCCAAAGCAAUGACCUAAGCAGCCUGCGAGUGAAGUACCCUCACGAUGUGGUGAACCACCUCAGCUGUGACGAGGCCAGGAACCAUUAUGGAGGUGUUGUCAGCCUCAUCCCCAUGGUCCUAGACUUGAUGAAAGAAUGGAUCGCCCACUCGGAGAAGCUGCCCCGCAAAGCUGUGCAGCACGUGAGUGAGCCCCAGGCACGCCAGGAAGCCACCGCAGCAGCCGCUCCGCCUUCCCGGACCAUGAGCACCCAGUCUUGGUUAAGAAAACACCAACUUAGGCAACUUACAAAAGACAGCCCCAAAGCAAGGGGGAAAGACAAAGGAUGUCCAAAACCUCCCUGGAGACCACCUGGCGGGAAGCUGUAACUCAGAGCUGGCGCCCUGCUGAGCCCCGCGUGUUGGGGUGGGGGGGGGGGGGUGCCGACUCUUCACUUGGGCUCCGGUCAUGGCAACUGAUGAACCCCAAAGGGGACUGCCCAAUAUACCACUGAGAACCUGU